AUGCAAACAAUAUUCGGAAAUCAGCUUGUUAAGGGAAUUUUCCUGAUUAAUUUUAUCAAGUAUUUACUUUAUUUGUAUGUAGAUUUCAGACAAAAGAAAUGUUAUGAAAUCAAAGAGGUUCCAAAAUAUAUAUUAGAGGCUUAUAAAGAUUGUGGAGAACUUUCCAAUAAAGAAUUUAAGAAAUCCCAAUCGUACAGCAAUUCUAAAAUGGUAUUUGGAAUAAUUAACAGAGCUGUCACUUUUUUUAUUAAUUGGGUAUUCGUAUUUUAUGUCAUAUACCCAUUAAUGUGGGAACUUAUUUACACAAAAAUUACCUCAAAUGAAUAUUUCUCAUCUUUAUUAUUUUGUGCAGCAGUGAUAUUAUUAGAUUAUCCGAUCAGUCUUGCCUUUCACCUUUAUUACACCUUUGUUCUGGAAGAAAAGUAUGGUUUUAAUAACUCUACAUUGAAAAUCUAUAUAAUGGACCAAAUAAAGUCAGGAAUUUUAAUUACUGUAUUUGGAGUUGUUCUGAUUCCUCUACUGAUAUAUAUUGCUAACAAUACAGGUAAAUACUUUUAUGUAUAUAUAGCUCUCGUACAGUUUGCUUUUAUAUUCAUUAUUUCAAUAAUAUAUCCGAUUAUUAUUGUCCCUAUUUUUAAUAAACUUACUCCCGUUGAGGAUAAAGAACUUGCAGAAAAAAUUGGCGUUCUUUGCAAAGAUGUUAAGUUUCCACUGAAGAAUUUAUAUCAAAUGGAUGCUUCGCUUAGAUCUAACCAUGGAAAUGCAUUCUUUUCAGGAGCAUUUAAGUCAAAAUCCAUUAUUUUGUAUGACACCAUUCUCGAUUUUCCUAAAGAUGAAAUUGUUGCCAUUAUAGGACAUGAAAUAGGUCAUUGGAAAAAUUGGGAUAACUACAAAUUGCUUUUCUUCUCUUUCAUCCAAACUUUUGCAACUCUUUUCAUUUUCCACCUAACAUUUUCUUGGGAUGAACUUUACUUAUCAUUUGGAUUUUCUUUAGACCCAAAACUCGGAGGUAGAAAUUUAAUUCUAUCUCUUCUUGUAUUCUCCUAUGUAUUGAGUCCUUUCAGCUCAAUUUUUGAAAUUCUCCAUUCUAUUAUGUCUCAACAUGCAGAGUACAAAGCUGAUGAAUUUUCAUUCAAUCUUGGGUUUGGAGACUUUCUUGCAAAUUCACUAUUUAGACUCUCAAAGAAAUCAAGUUCUUGCAUGAUUUUUGACCCAAUUUAUAGUUUUAUUCACCUAUCUCAUCCUAGUGUCUGCGACAGAAUAGUCAACCUAAAAAAAUUGAAAGAUAGAAAGAACUAG